CCUUGAAACUACGUCAUUAUUAAGUAUUUCACCACCCUAUCUUCCUACCGAAUGUUUACAAUGCAUCUUUUCUUUCAUACCUGAAGAUAACGUAAAAACUUUACAUUCUGCUGUGUUGGUCAAUCGUUCUUGGUGUAGAGCCGCUAUUCCAUUCUUAUGGAAAAAACCAUUUACCAUUAACUCAGAAUUAUCAUCAUUUUUCAAAAUCGUCCCAAUUUAUUUAAGCUCUAUAAACGUUGAUUCUCUAUCCACUGAAUUCAGAGAAUCUUUUUUUCAUUUAGAUUAUUUAAUGUCAUGUAUUAGUGAUGAAAAGAGGUUGACUUUUGACUAUCCUAGUUUCCUCAAGGAACUUAAUUUUAAAAAAUUGUACAAUUCGAUUUCUGAAUGGGCAACCAUUAAUGGGGCUUUCGCGCCCAGAUCUCUAUUAAAUAUUGAUUUCGAACUUGAAAAAUUAUCCUUUCUCGAUAAUAUUCAAGAGAAUGUUCAAGUAAGGGUAGACCAUGAAUAUACGGAUGAGUGGGGUGAUCAAUCUCUUGUUCAUGAAUCAUAUAAUCGUACAGAUUUUGACGCGACAAGUGAUGUUGAUUUCUCUCCUCCAGAAUCCCAUGCUGACUAUGAAGAAGCUUGGGAAGAAGAUUGUGAACAGUACUAUGAUGAGUAUGAUCACUUUGAUGUUUCUACUGAACCGGAUCAUAGUGAUCAUGGAGAAGAAUGGCUUGACACGCCGACGCCUUUUGAUAUGACAGAAGAAGGUCGAAAACUAAUUAUUGCCAGAGAGAUUUGUAUGAUGUUAAUGAGGGAUAUAUUUAAUACUAUGUCGAUGUAUUGUAGAAAUCUUUAUUCUAUCGUCAUCGUUGAUACUUAUCGUUCAGCAAUAGAAUCAUUGGCAAAUCUUAUCUCCGUUCAAAAGAGACUACAAAAAUUCAGCUGGACUGGUGGAUACGAAGAUUUAUCACCUAUCACCUUGUCAUUUUCCAGUCAACAAGAAAAUCUUAUUGAGGUUCAAUUGGAAAAUGCUUUUUUUCGUGAUUCCGCUGCACUUGAAGGGCUAGCUCCUUGUCAAAAUUUGGAGACUCUUAAAAUUGCAGAGUGCCAACUUACUGCUGCCAAUUUAAAACCUUUAGUGUAUGUUACUUUUCCGCGGCUCCAAGUUUUAGAAAUUACGGACGUUCGUGACAUAUAUUAUCUUGAUGAUCAUGAAGACACUACACCCCCUUCUAAUGAAUUAAAUGCAAUAAUUAGAAGAACAAAUGGAACACUUCGCGAAAUUCGAUUAAAUCUAGAAUUGCAUUUUUAUCCUAAUAUCAUCGACACUAUUGCUGAAUGUUGUCCAAAUCUUAAACUGCUUGCGGCAAGCAUAAAAGAUGACGAACAAAUUCCUGAACUUCUCAGAUUGUUAAGUUCAUGCAGACAACUUGAGAGUUUAAUUAUUCAUGGCUAUAAUAGCAAUUUUUUCACUGCUGAUUAUAUUUUACCCCAAAUUGGGGCAAUUGUACCGGAAACUUUACGAUAUUUGGACCUUACUAAAUGGACAUUUAAAGCACCAGCUUUAAAGAUGUUCUUAUCGAAUUGCAACGCAGAAUUGAGGUAUAUCACGUGGCAUUGUUUUGUCAAUAAUAACAGCGAUGAAUACACAGCAGCAAUCGAAAGUUACGCACAAGAAAAAGAGCUUGAGGUUGGAAAUCUACAAGUAGAUUAUCGCGACUCUGGAUUUGGUUGGUGUCAAUGUGUUUGCAAUAUCUCAGCAGAGCUUAUGAUUCGUCCGAAUCAAAUUGAAGAGCUGUGGUAA